CUCUUCACCUAAAUUUCCCACCAUCUCCGCCUCCCACAUUUCGCAUUGUUUUCCAAAGUUGCCAUGGCGCAAGAGCUUCACGACGGAGAGUUCUGGCUACCUUCAGAGUUUCUCACCGACGAUGAUUUGCUCAUGGACUUCAAGUCCAAGACCAAGACCAAGAGGGCGGAUGAUCUGAGCUCAGCCACAGAGACCGAGAGCGACGAAGACGAUUUAACUCACACCUCCAAGGGGUUGGAGUCGCCGCAAUCGACUCUCUGCGAUUCUUCGUCCAAGGGAAUUAGUGGUUGGGAUUUACUAUGUGCUGCUGCAGAGCAAGUUCAGAGGAUGCGAAUUACUACGUUUGUCAAAACACCGACUCCGCAAACCCAAACAUCUCUCGCUUUUCGGCACCUGCAAUCUCAAGAACUCGCUAUGAAUCAAGAACUCAGGCUACCACAAGAGUGGACGUAUUAAAGCUGGGAUACAUCGAAUCGCUAAAUCAUGAAUUUUGCAUUUUUUCAUUAUACUUUUAGUUACUAGUAGAGAAAAAGAAUAUGGGUAUACGGCACGGGGGGUACGCAGAAAUUUUUGUUAGUAGUGGCUUCAUUAUAUAUACUCUCAUUAUCUAUGAAAAAUAGUCUUAUGGACGAAA